AUGACUUCCAUUCGGCGGAUGUCCCCAACGGACCUCUUCUCCCUCAACCUCACCAACCUCGACCCACUGACCGAGAACUACGAUCUGGGCUUCUACCUGAACUAUCUCAUGCGAUGGCCGUCGCUCUUUAGCAGCGUGAAGGACCGCAGGGAAGGAAUUGCCGGAUACAUAAUGGGCAAACUCGAAGAGCAACACCCCUCCCUCAAAGCCUCAGAGCAUUACACUCCCUGGCAUGGACACAUCACUGUCCUAACUGUUGCGCCGGCAUGGCGGAGACUUGGGCACGCGCGUCGACUCACCGAGCGUCUGGAGCGGGGUUCCGAUAUCAACAAUGCCUGGUUUGUGGAUUUGUACUCCGUGUUCCGGCGCGUGGUCAAUUAUUAUAGCGACGAUCCAACAGGUAUGUCGGAAAAGGGCGAGGAUGCGUUCGAUAUGCGCAAGCCGUGUAGUCGGGAUAAGAAACUAGAGCAUAUUCGAGAGAACGGGGAGAAUUUCCCGGUCAGUCCGGAGCAUGUAUCUUAA